AGCCCCCGAUUUGCCGCCAACCGACUUACCCCGAAGAAUUUGUCUUGUUUCCUGCGAAUAUGUUUCUUCGUGCCGUCGCCUAUUCUUUACCUGCCUCAGUCGUUAGUGAUAGCAUGUUUUUAUUUCCGCGAAAACGAAUAGAAACAAUCUGAAAAAUCUUGAUAAUUUGGAUUGUAAAAAGGCAUUCAAGACGAAUGCACAUGAACAUCACGCAGUAACAACCUUUAGGAAGAUCAUGAAUAUGGAUAGAAGUGGGAUUAGGAAAUUGACGACGACCACUAGCCACUAUUUUUCUCCCGGAAAAAGAGUGCUGGCCAACAGAAUGAGGUCUCCACUCGGACUAGUUUGGGCGCAGGGUCUUGUGUGGGCGCGCACAGAAACCGAUGCAGCAGGGAACCAAAUGGAGCCUGUGGUCGAUAUGCCUUUUCAAACGCCACGCGAAAAAUGGCUUGGCAUGAAGCUCACUUACCAAGGCGAGGGCUUGAGACGUAUUAUCGAAUAUCACUCGUAGAUGAAGAAGUAUUGAUGUUGCUAAUAACUCUAUUGAUGAACGAAUGAAUGAACUCUAGUUGUACAACUCGUGGUCGUGGAGGAUCCAUAACGUUUCUACGAUCACAUUGAAUUUGAUUUGUUUUUCUUCACUGCAACAGCACAACGCAGGUCAUAAUUCGCAUAUGCUCCUGGCCGCGGACGAGGGCAGUGCCGCUUUGAAGAGUGCGCAGGAGAUCGCUGCUUUGUACGUGCCCUUUGACACGGUCCACGACGAGCCCACUAGUUCCUGGCUGCAAACGAGUGACACCAUGCACCUGGAUCGGGCUCACGAGUACCUCCACAAUGUGAAGCACUGGGAGACGCUUAGCGCCCAUCACGAGCACAUCUUGGCGCACGGACCCGCAGCGAAGAAGUCGGGCGACCUCGUUGCGUUCUCAAUGGCAGCUGCCGGUGAAGGACGCAAGUUGCCUCCCUCUCAAACGAUUGAUGGGGGAGAUGCAACCGAAGAAAACAAUGAGGAGAUCAAAGAAGGGACGAAAAGACAGGAUGACGAGGUGGAUCAGAUGAACGACGCCUCCAGUACUGCACCGGCGGCUGGUAGCGCCAUGCUGGAGGUUUCGUCGGUGGUGGACGUUGAACCGGCAGUCCUAGGAGCGUCCAGUCUAGUAGGUCUCUCCGACGGAGUCGGACAUGAGGAGGAGGAGGAAAAUCAGGAUACUGCUGACACAGACAUGCCGGCAGAGAUGCAUCAUGGGGAAUUCUCGCAGCGGCCUGGUAAAAUGAGUGCUGCGUCAUCUUUUAUGAGCUGCUUUAGUUUUCCUCAACCAUUAGACGACUUGAUUGAUUCGUUCACCGACACCGACUAGUGUCUUUUACACGCAAGUGCAAAUACAACAGCUUUUUUUGUUUCCCGACGGACAGUGAUUUUUAUCUCGCAAUUUUCCCAAAGAAGACAUCAGACUUCUAAUUGAGCUUCUUGGAAAUGGAAUAUAAAUUCUGUUUGGCCAUCAUCUCCUAAUUAUCACCAAUAAGCUAGAAGUAGUAAAUUCUGCUAGUCGCUUCACUCUAAUGCUGCUAGUAACAAAAGAGCGGGCGGCUCCUCUUCACGACGCAGUGGAGGGGACGGCGCUGUCGAGAUUUUGGACGUUGAACGCACACGCGCUGGUGAUGGCUCUCCGCUUGCCAGCAGUGUGCUCGAGAAGCCGAUCCGACCGGUGAAUUUUCAUCGUACCGUAGCAGAUGAACCAGACAGCACGUCCGCCGAUGAAGCCGAGUUGACUGACGCGGACCGGGCAGCGGCAAGAAGAGCGGAGCACCAAGAACGAAAGAAACAGUCUUCGCAAGAGCUUGUGGAAGACGUUGGAGGCGACUCUGGCGCUAGACAGGUGGAGAAAACAGCUGGGCCUAGCUCUUCAGCGCUACAACUAGACGAUGUUACUGCUACACAACUACCCGUGCAGGACCCAUCAUCUCCGAGUUCCUUCAUAGAAGAUAAGGAAGGACGACAUGAAGAAUCUAACAAAAACGGUAGAGAACAGAAGAAGCGUGCUGGGAGCGGCUUAUCGGUACUGGAAGAGCGUGAAGCAGAAAAUGUUGGCACUGUCGCGGGUGGCAUUGUUGGCGCUGUCGCAACGGGAGCUCUCAAAGGCGCUGCGCCAGCUGUAAUCGGUGCUGGUAUCGUGCAUCCGGGAAUGCUGCCAGGCGCCACGAGCAGCGAAGCUGACCAACUAGUACCAAACCAACUGAAGGGAGUCGGCGUCGAGUCGCCUUUCAAUAAAGUGUUUGGAACCUCCUCGCCUUUGUCACCCGAUUCGGACGGAAAGAAGACAGAUGAGGGGACCCAACAGGAAGCUGGUACUACUGCGAAAACCAGUAGUGAAGCAGCUCCACCUCCACCUAGCAGCUCCACCACAAAGGGUAAGGAAGCGGCUCAAGCAAAAUCAAAAAGCGCAGAUGAGAAGACAUCUUCGACAUCAAAAGAUCAUGAGUACGACAAGACACAGGAGACCGACCACGUUUGCUCAGGUGGUUCCUGCGCUACGCCAUCAGCUGAAAAGGCAAGUGAGAAGGCUACGCCAGAUGAGGUUACUCAUCAAGUAGUAGCGCCAGAGAAAGCACUGAAGAAUUUAAAUGACGAAAACCAGUCAAAAGAGGAUGUAAAAGAGCUCGCUCUUCAUAAUCAGGUUGUGCUUCCUGAUCGGGAAGAGGUAAUCUUUUACAAAAUAAACCGAAAUGUUAGAAAAAUCGUUUUUCCCGUUCCCCCACAGCAAUUUAAUUUCUAUUUCAUUACCGCUACAUCAACUUCUACCUUCAUACAAAAACGCCAACCUCGGCGCCAGGUCGUGCCUUUGUCCGACCUAAGGGACCACACUUCUCAGCAUUUAGGAACGAUCUACAUUGGCGACAAUGAGCAGGAGGCCCAUGUGAUCUUCGAUACAGGGUCGACCAAUCUUUGGGUCCUCUCGGACCACUGCAACUCGAAAAGUUGCAAAAAGGCAAACGAACCUAUGUAUUCCCUCGCCAAGUCCGGACCUGACGCGCAUUACUUCAGAAAUCAUGCCACGUAAAAAUUCUUUCUACCUAUUUUCGUCAGGUGAUAGCUGUAGUGCAAGAAGUGCCAACGUAGAUAAUUAUAAUAAAUAUAAUAUAGCCCUCUACUCCGCGUCCGCCUUAAAAGUAAGAUGAUGAUAGAUUGUAUCCAUGAAAUGGGUAUAAUUUAGUUGCUUGAUGCACUGGAUGACUUAGGUAUUAACUCUAACUGAAUGAGUAGAAUCUUCCUUGAAAGAAAGUCUCUCGCAUCCAUCAGGUUGGAAAUCCAAUUUGGAUCGGGGACCCUGGCAGGACCACAGGCUGUGGAUUCAGUAUGGAUUGCUAAUCACAAGAUCGAUGAUCAACCGUUUGCGAUGAUCAAAUUUAUGUCUUUUGCCAUAUGAAUGUACCUGGUAGACGUAGAUAUGUUCGUUUUGCUUUGAAUGGGGUACAUGUAGCUAUACUGAGGCGGGUUACUUAAUUAUACCAUUAUAGUGGUUAAAGUAUCUUCAUGUGUAUGAAUUUCAUGUUCCAAGUUUGCCUUGUACGGAAUGUAUGAUGUUAAUAUGGCAACAAAAGAUGCAUUCAAAUGAGCUUGAGCACCAAGACAAACACGAAAACCCGACGAGGUAACAAGACUUACAGUGAAGUAAGUAGAAGUAGAACAAGUACUUGGUUGUUCGUGUUUCCGUCUCUAAAUAAUCCGAGAAGGGAGCUGUUUUCGACACGUUGCGGUAUGGUGGCAUCCUGGGUUUAGCUUUUGAAAGUAUGGCGGCUCCUGGUAUGGUGGGUCUCAUCACCCAGGCGAUGCGCGAGAACGUGUUCGGUGGGCACAAUCAAAUGAGCUUUUUCUUCACGCGAAACCCCAGGAUACGAUCAGGGGCAUACUUCGGUGGUAUGAAUCCGGCUUUGUAUCAUGGCGUGCCGCAGUGCCUCGACGUUGUGCACGAGCAUUACUGGCAGGUAGGAGUUCACCGCAUGGGCAUCAUGUGGGGAAAAGAGAAUGCCCACAACAUCGAUUGUUAAGGCAGCAUUUCGAUUUCCAGUUCCAGAGCCAAAACCCUUAGAAGAAGAAAUUAAUUCUACUCUGCAGGAGGGGUACUAGAUCUAGUUCUCGUCGUGCUAAUCGCCGUCUACUAAACCUACAACUCCUGUCAUUAAAUACAACUUCUUAGUUCUCAUUCAUUGAAGAGUUGAACUACGACAAGAAUCAUUUCUAUGUCUAAAAGCUGAUCACGAACGAGAAGAUGGGUCUUGCUGAGUCCACCGACGACGAAGUCGUGAUUGGCAAGCCUACCAGUGCCAUCUUUGACACAGGAACGACAUGGAACGCUGCUCCUACCUAUUUUGUCAACUACAUCUUGAAAACGCUGGAACCUAAGGGCUUUGCGAAUGUGGACUGCAGCAGGGUGAAAAAACACUACGUCGGAAAGGAUCCAAAGGGGUAUUCAUUUUUCUUGGUUGAUAAGCUUCAUCUGAGAUAUUCUGGCACUUAAUCUGAAACUUCUUCUACUGCUAGUACUAGUGGAUGACCGUGGUACUACAACUACAACUACAACUACAACUACAACUACAACUACAAGGCACCCACAUGAAUAAGAAAACUCUAGAGGUGUUUAGCACUUUAAAAGCCCAAGGCUCUACCUCUCCGAGAGGGCGUCCGUACUAGUAGCCCGACGGGUUUCCCUCUGAAUCCUGAACCCUGAAUCGAGAGCCGGCUCUCCUUGGUGUCCCUUCUAUAUGGGAGGGACUUGAUUGGCCACCUGAAUCCUGAACCUUGAAUCGAGAACGGGCUCGCCUUGGUGCGUGUCCCUUCUAUAUUUAUAACUUUUUUCCCCCACAAACAGCAAGAAAGCAAAAACCAGCGCGAGAAGCGUUUUCCUUUUUAGGCAAAAACAAACGCCGGGGAGAAUUGACCCGAAUCAAAAUGAUGGGUCUGACUUUUUCGGUGAACGUAGUUCAGAUACGACAAAGCCCAUCACCAGAAAGAGGCGAAAAGGCUCCACAAGCAGCGUCAGACCGUCGGCGGAGCUGGUGGCGGGAGGGUGGCGCAGAAAUGGCGCGGCGCAUUGGGUGGGCGUCUCUGGCGCUUGUUCAGUCAAUGCGGUCCGUGCAGAUGGUGCAGCAAGGGCAUGCACCAUAACAAGUGAAAGAGCAGGCAGACAAUGACAGCACUCACAUAGAUACCCACGGAGAACGAUAAGCAGACGCGCCGACUUGUUUCCUUCCCUACGCCCAUCGGGCAGAUUGUUAGACCGACGGGGGGGAGUGCUUUGCUAUGACUGAAAGAGAGAGACCGACGAGCCGCAAGGACUGGCAAGCCUUACUUACAUACCACGGACCCAGCGCACCCACCCACAGACUUUCUGACAGGGUGGGAGGGAGUCUCUGAGAGAGGGGCCGAGACUGACUCACGCACCCUCUCCCCCCACAGACUCACGCACUCGCCCCCCCGCGCAUUGUCUGACAAACGCCACAGACCGGCCCCCUCGCUCUCUCACGCACUGACAAGCAGAGCCACUCGCGGGGGUCAGCGCUGGGCUCAGCGCGCGCUGGGCUUCAGCGCUGGGCUUCCUUCAGCGGUAGGCUUCAGCGGUGGGCUUCUGCGUUGGGUUUUGGCGCUGGGUUCCCGCGCUGGGUUUCCGCGCUGGGUUCCGCGCUGGGUUCCGCGCUGGGUUCCGCGCUGGGUUCCGCGCUGGGUUCAGCGCUGGGUUCAGCGCUGGGUUCGGCGCUGGGUUUGGCGCUGGGUUUGGCGCUGGGUUUGGCGCUGGGUUUGGCGCUGGGUUUCGGCGCUGGGUUUCGGCGCUGGGUUUCAGCGCCGGGCUUCCGCGCUGGGUUCCGCGCUGGGUUUCGCGCUGGGUUCCGCGCUGGGUUCCGCGCUGGGUUCCGCGCUGGGUUCCGCGCUGGGUUCCGCGCUGGGUUCCGCGCUGGGUUCUGCGCUGGGUUCGGCGCUGGGUGUGGCGCUGGGUUUCGGUGCUGGGUUGCGGCGCUGCGCUUCCGCGCUGCGCUUCCGCGCUGCGCUUCCGCGCUGGGUUUGGCGCUGGGUUUGGCGCUGGGUUUCGGCGCUGGGUUUCGGCGCUGGGUUUCGGCGCUGGGUUUCGGCGCUGGGUUUCCGCGCUGGGUUUCCGCGCUGGGCUUCGGCGCUGGGUCCCACGCUGGGUUCCACGCUGGGUUCCACGCUGGGUUCCACGCUGGGUCCCACGCUGGGUUCCACGCUGGGUUCCACGCUGGGUUGCGGCGCUGGGUUUGGCGUUGGGUUUGUUGGGGGAUAUAAUUAAACAGCCAAGAACACUCACCCAGAACACUAACCCGGACUACCCGCCCAGAAUAUUGCCUGACUAUAUUGGCAGGGAGGGGAACACCGACAGACACAGCCAAAAACCAAAGACAACAAGCGAGAAAAAGAGCCCACGGCAGAACAAUACCAGCAAAAAAAAAAAACACCCGCACACACAUACGGUAAAAAAGAAAAAACUUGGAGGAAAUUACCAGCGAAAACCGCGCCGCGCGCUGGGUUGUUUGCUGGGUUGUUUGCUGGGUUGUUUGCUGGGUUGUUUGCUGGGUGGUUUGCUGGGUUUUAAGAAGAGAAUAGAACGCGCGGCCGGUUUUGCGCUGGGUUUUGCGCUGGGUUUUGCGCUGGGUUUUGCGCUGGGUUCUGCGCUGGGUUCUGCGCUGGGUUUGCGCUGGUAGGGUUUUGCCGCUCCUUUUUUUUGCGCUGGUAUUUUUCUGCGGCGAAAAUUCUCCGCGAGCAGUGGCGUCCAAUAUUAUCCAUGAAUAUUAUCCACGAAUCAAUAUCCUCCGCGAAUAUCAUCCACGAGAACCAUCCAUGAAUAUUACCUGCGAAUAUAUAUUUAUUAUCCACGAAUAUUAUCCGCGAACAUUAUCCGCGAAUCUUAUCCACGAAUAUUAUCCACGAAUAUUAUCCACAAAUACUAUCCACGAAUAUUCUCCACGAAUAAUUUCCCCGAAUGUUAUCCACGGAUGCCGCCCAUCCAUGAAUGUCACCCACUGACACGACCACCCGCGAACACUGUCCGCGGGUAUUGCCUAGCUAUGAAUACUAGCCGGGAACACUAUCCACGAACCAACACCGCUCACGGAUGUCGUUUAUCUGCCCAAGAAUAUUGCCCGCGAACACUGUCGAGGACGACCAUGGCAGAUCCUCCCUGCAAAUAUUGCCCAAGAAUGAUAUCCACGAAUAUUGUCCGAGAAUACCAUCCCCGAACAGUAUCCCCAGGCAGUAGCCUUAUCCGCGAAGACUCAGAAACAGAACGACAAACACCACGCACGCAGCGGCGCCCGCAGGUGCGUCGUGAGUGCUCUGCCUGUCAAAAGCCAAGAGGGUAGAGGGACAGCGAGACCCUACGCAGGCGCCGCGCGUUCUUGCUACUGUGAUGCCUACGCAUACCCACACACUUGCGCUUGCGCACUUAAAUACACACGCGCACCAGCUUAACUACUUACGCCCGCAGGCGUUUGCGUCUGUCUUUGCUUAUGGUGUGGGUGUGGCUUAGAUAGAUAGCGCGCGAGAAAGAGACAGAGAGAAAGACAAGGCGAAGGCGCGCGCGUCUGUGUGUGUGUGUCACUAUGAACGUGCGAACAGACUAAGCCAGCGCGCGGGCGGCGCUCGCUGCGUGCUCUGCUCUGCUCCGCGCGGUCAGACUCUUCGCCCAUUCUGGGUCUGAUCGAUGGGUCGGCUCCUCGCUCUGCAUCCAACCACUCGCCGAAGGAUCGACCGACCAGGUCCGACAGUCAUGCAUUGACAGCCCGACCCACUCUGAUACUGUUGGUUUCGCUCAUUCUCACCCCGAGCAGGUGGGGCUGCCUGCGUGCACCUCCGCAAGGGUAGACAGUGCAGGCGCCUUGCUCUGCAAAGACACUACCAGGGAGCCAGUCUCUUUUUCUCUCGCGGGCGACCGAGCGACAAGGCCUCCGCCUGGAACGAAGGGGGGGCGUGCUCUCCACCGGCAGCCAGCUCGUCUACGCCGCGGGAGGGGAGCAAGCACGUAGAGCGAAAACAACAGACAGCAGCGCGCCCAACAGGACCACCGCGACCCCGUCAGCGGGGAAAGCUACCAACCAUCCCUCCCCAAGGAAGGCCAGCGAACACCGUCGAAGAAGGCGGCGAACGCUACCAGGUACCAAUGGGCUAGGUGACUGCGGCCCAAGAGCCUCGCCAUGCAGAAACUGGCUACCUGACGACGAAAGACAGCGGGCACCAAUAUGGGGGGAGGCGCGGGAAUGGGAUGGGGCCAGAAAUGAAAAGAGCAGCUUCUGGCCGGGCAAAACUGGGGCAACAAGGGCAAACUGUGCUUCGCGCUGGUAUUGGCCCAAGGUCCAACUGUGGGGGUUCAAAGUUAUAACUAUAUGGGAGGGACUUGCUUGGCCAUCUGAAUCCUGAACCCUGAAUCGAGAGCCGGCUCCCCUUGGUGUCCCUUCUAUAUGGGAGGGACUUGAUUGGCCAUCUGAAUCCUGAACCCUAAACCGAGAACCUGCUUCCUUUGGUGUUCCCUCUAUAUGGCAGGCGACGCGAUGUCUCAUCUGAACCCUGAACCGAGAACCCGCUUCCCUUGAUGUUCAUUCUAGAUGGCAGGCGACGCGAUGUCUCAUCUGAAUCCUGAACCCUGAACCGAGAGCCCGCUUCCCUUGGUGUUCCCUCUAUAUGACAGUUACAACAGAGAAAGCACUGCAAUGUAUAAACAUGCAAACCAGCAAGCAAAAGUGUGGCGCUUUUUUGUGGUUUUUUUGCUUAUCUUUUAAAGCUUCGAGCUUUUUCCUUCUCUUUGUUUUUUUUUUUAUCAUCACCAGCUUGGUCGUUCCUCGCGGAUUCGUCUGCGUGCAAUUGAGCGAGUGAAUUUCUGGCGGAGUGGCGAGCGUCUCGCCCGCUGCUUCUGGCUGCGUGUGCGUUGAAGUAAGUUGCAAUAUUAUUUUCUUGGUGCCCCGCUUUAAAGUAGUAAUAUUAUUUUUUUGCGUAAUUUAGAUUAGUGCUGAGGCUAUUCGGAUAAAAUAGCUAGCCAGCGCGGAACGAAGCCGCUGGCGACGUUCGUUUCUUUGUUUUCUUUUCGUGUCAGUCUGUCUGCCAGCUUGGCUCUGGGCCAUUCUUUCAGUCACUGGGUGGCACCCACACGACGGACCUGACAGACCAUGCACGCGGCAGCUGCCCAGCUAGCUACUUACAUACUACAUACUGACUUACUUACUUACUAAGUCAGUCUUAGUGACUGACGUGCCGCCCGCGAUCUAUGAGUGUGCUAGCUUCUAUUUUUAUUAAUUAGCUACCGCGAAGUCAUUGACUGACUUCCUUCGCUCGCAGACUUCGCCCUUUCAUUCUUCUCACCCUCGGCGGACCUGAGAGAGAGAGUGGUUGGCUCGUUCGUUGGUCGGACGGUGCGUGGUCGGUGGCUGGCUGGCUCGCUCGCGCGCUGUAGCUAGUUAGUAUGUAAG